GUACUCCCUGGAGCUCCUCGCUGUCUUUGCACUUGAAGUCUUGACUCUCCUGGAGCACAAAGUUCUCAGCAGAUCCUCAGCAGAGUGGGCUCUGAUGUUUAACCCAUCUUUUUUGGUGUUUUUUGGAGGGCAGCAGGUGCAUUGCUGAUGAGCUAAUUGAGGGUCCAGAUCUGGGCGGCUCUCAGCACCUGGAGUAUUAUACAUUUCGUCGUUUGUUUUCUUUAUUUUAAACUGAUCCCUCCUGCUUUGUUCACCUCUUCUACCGUUACCAGCAUCGACGGUGCAGGAGGGAAAAACAAGCAGAAGUGGAAGAAGACUGAAGAGCUCUGUUUGGAAGUAGGGAAACAUAUGUGAGGGGUUUUUUUUACCGUCCUCUGAGCAUGCAAAUAACUUCAUCAGGCUGGGAAUAGACCCGGGGAGACAGACACCUCCUAACCUCGCCGUCUGCUGCUGCACUGAAGGCUUGCGUGUCAGCUGAUGAGCUCAACAGCAUGAGAUGACAGCACCAGAAAGCAUGCACGGUUGUAAAUAACAAUUUCUGUGGGAUAAACAGUAUUCUCUAGAAGUGUGGAAAUCUCUUCCUCCACCCCUUCGAUGAAAUGAGCGAGUAAAGGGGCGGAUGUUUUUCCAACUAACUGGAUUGCCUAAUUAUUCCUUUAAGUUUUGGAAUCAUGCCCAAAAAAUGUCAAUCAAAAAGUAAUUCAAAAGAUGUGGAAGGAUGGUUUAAAAAAAGAUCAUUUCCGUUUUGUAAAAGGAUGAUGUGAGGGAAGUUGGGUGUAACCUGAUCGGAGCCGUGAUGUGGACUCAGACAACAACCUGUCUUACUGAUGAAGUUCCUCCUGAUACAAGUUUGCUCAUUGAUGUGGAAUCUGAUUAGAACGUUCCUGGAUCUUUAUUGCUUCCACUCAACAUUUGGACUCCUAAAGCGGACAUUAAACUACUGGAUUUGUUUCUAAGGAGGAUAAUUAUCUUAAACGGUUUCAUCCGAUCUCUUUCUAAACCUGUUUCUCCGAGCAAAGAUGAGAGGAGACCAAAGAUCCGCUUCCUUCCACCCGGAGAAGCCGGCAGGCCUGUCACGGGCUCUCAGCUGGCUUAGCAUGUCCCCGCUCGCCCACCAGGGGAGGUGUUUCUUCCACAGCCAAAACGAUCUCCGCAUGCCUCCAAACCGCCGCUCGCGUUCGCGGACUCAUCUUCACCUGCCACAAAAAGAAGAGGAUGAGGACCAUGACAACUGGGUGUACAGACCCCAACACAAAAUAGCUGUGUCUAACCUGGAUGAGGAGAGCAAAUGGACAGUCCACUAUACAGCUCCCUGGCAUCAACAAGAGAACGUCUUCCUCCCAGGCAGCAGGCCGCCCUGUGUAGAGGACCUCCACCGGCAGGCAAAAGUCAACCUCAAAACUGCUUUGCGAGAAUGUGAUAAGUUGAGGAAAGAUGGUUUCCGGAGCUCCCAGUACUACUCUCAGGGUCCCACCUUCUCUGACCCUAAACAGGCCAGCCUACAGGAUGAAGAGGAUGAUGAAGAUGACAGAAAGUCGACAGCGUCAUCAGUGGAGGAUGACAAAUCUCAGCUCUCCAUGAGAUCUCCGACGCCGCAAGCAGGUAGCGAGACAGGGGAGGCGUCUGAAGCAGACGGACGGGUGGUAUGGAACAAGGCCGCUCCCCUUCCCACCCCGGAGGAGAAGAUGAGGCAGGUGGCUCAGGCUGUGCCCACAGAUGUGGUUCCUAUCAACAUCACAGGGGCAGUGUUUGACCGCCAGGCGAGCAUCCGGCGCUCCCUCAUUAACACUGACACCGUGGCCCGCCGGCCCAAGAAGGUCAAACGCAGAAAGACUAUAUCAGGGCUGCCUGACAACAUCAACCAGGAGCUAGCAGCUAAAGGGCGAGGCGGAGAGCUUCGGCCACAUUCGAUGUUCAUCCCAGGUCAGUACUCCACCCUGGGCCGAGCUGCCAGCGUCAACUCCACCCUAAGACACUCAGACACCAGAGACUCCAGCUGCCAGACGGAGGAAGUGAAGAUCGUCCCCCCGUCCAUGAGAAGAAUCCGGGCGCAGAGAGGACAGGGGAUCGCUGCUCAAAUGGCCGGUAUCUCUGCCUCCUCUUCAACGGGAAGCAUCUCCCUCUCCAGCACCGACAGCUCGGGGGUCGUGAUGCUACCGCAUCAGUUUAACGGGGACCCCUCCCGUUUUCACAGCCUCCCACGACAAGGCGCCAGGGUGUCCCUCAGUGCUGAUCCGAUCUACAGCAGCACGCCCAUAAAGUCAGAGGAUCAGCCUCAGAGGCAGAUAGGGAAGCUUCAGGUGGACGACACUGUGGUGCACAUGAGGAAUUCCCCAAGAAUGAACUCUCUACCCAGGCCAAAGUCUCAAGAGGUGAGGAGGACUACAGAGUGGGGUGGCAGUACAGCAUGCGUAGUCUCCCCUCAUGCUGCUUAUUCCACCUCCUACAUCCCUAACGCCACCCUGUCUAGCUCCACUGAGGUGAUGAGCCUUAAGCCCUCCAACCAGUCACCGGUUUCAGUCUACCCCACAUCUCGAGCACUCAACCAGGCUUCCUCCACCAGCAGUGACCUCUUGAUGUCCAGUCCGACAGCUUUCUGCCACAGUCCAGCCUUGGCCUCCUCCACCCCCCUGCACACGCCUCAGGACAUCAAUCUGCCUCCUGGCAGGCCAGCGAGUGAGUCAGGUCACUCCGAUAGCAGCAUCCACAGCCACAGCACACUGGCCCCCACUCCGCCAUCCUGCCUCCCAGAGGAAAACUGGAUCUAUGACACGCCUGAAAACGUGGUGGCUCCACAUCGCACCCUGACCUCCAGCUGCUCCACCCCCAUCAACCAGCUCUACAGCAGCUUGGACCACUCCUCCAGGACCACCACCGACUCCAGCUCCCUCUACUCUCAGGACAACGACGGCUACUACACCUCUAUGCACCUGGACUCAGGUUUACGUUCCCGCAGCCACGGCAGCGGCAACGGCGCCACACUCGGACGCGCCUCUAGACACAGCAUGUACGAGUGUCGCGAGGCGGUCGUCGAGGAAGACUCUGGCAGCCUGUACAGUGACCGCUCCCUCUCCCGCAGCAUCUCCCUACGCAAAUCAAGGAGGCCGCCUCCUCCUCCGACUCGGACAGACUCUCUGAGACGUAAGCCUGCGGCGAAGAAGCCCCUUGGCGGCGAAGUGUCGAACGGUGGCAUGCUCAGUGAGACUCUGAUCGCCAGCUUGCAGCAGAGCUUACAGAUUGGACUGAGAGGGGGGAAGGGGAAGGGCGCCUCACCCUCCUCGCCCUCCCACAGCCCGAGCAGUGACUAUGACGAUCCCUGGGUGAUGCGGUCGCGCAGUCAGAGCAGUAUCAGCGCCGGGAGCUCGGCAGCCUCCCUGGCAGCUAACGCUAAUUCUGCGGCCCUGCAGAACGUUUACUCGCUCUGCCAUGUGACCCCCACCCCCAGCGACACCAGCAGCCUGCGUUCUGACUACGCAGACUCAUGGGGGUACUACUCAGACUACCCGCGUAGCCAGACAGACCAGCGGGCGCAGACGCCUCCCGGCCACGCCACAGAUAAGCUCCCAGGUGGCGGUCAUCCAGGAAAGUUCCAGAACGGAGGUCAAACCCAGGGGGGUUCAGCCCAGGAAGUGGAGGCGUCUGUGAAGAGCAAAGCCGGCUCCUCUCCGGACAGGGUGCACAGACUCACCUCCCCAUCCAGCGGCUAUUCCAGCCAGUCCAACACCCCCACUGCUGGAACGCCGGUACCAGCUUUCGUCAGGUCCAUGUCUCCGUCAGGUGGCAGACCCAAACCCAGAGUCCCAGAGAGGAAGUCCUCCCUCCUCUCCUCAGUUUCUGUCUCCUCGUCCUCCACAUCACUGUCCUCCAACACCUCAGACAGCCUGAAGAGUUGUGCCCAACCACCACCUCCUCCUCCACCGCUGCUCUCCUCCUCAGCUCCCAGCACCCCUCUCAGUGCUCCUCCACCCUUCCCUCCACCCCCUCAAGAUGCUUCCCUGGAUCUCCCCCCUGCUUGCUCCACUUCCUCUGAUUUCCCUCCUCCUCCAUCCCCAGACAUCCUGAUCCAUAGCAGCUCGUCUUUCAAUGGGAGCCUCAGUCCGCCCCCUCCCCCGCCUCCUCCCCCUCCCCCUCCACUGCCUACUUUUCCUUCAGCGUCUUCCUUGCCUCUUAAGAAGGGAGCUACAGAUCCUCCCAAGGCAGGUCUUCCCAGUAGCCCCUCAAAGUCUCCCAAACCCCUCAUCACCCCGUUUGCACUUCAGAGCGUUCAGCUCCGCUCAGUCAGACGACAAGAAAAUGAAAUCAAUAGUAAAUCAGAGCAGAUUGAAGCUCAGGAAACCAGGAUAGAAACCAUUUUGGGUGUGAAAAAUCAGGACUGGGAGCCACCCAACUCUGCAGAGCCCCCCACCGUGCAGACCGGCUCUACUGGGCAGGAUUUGCAUGAGACCCAACCGUCGCCAGUGUCACAGCUCCUGGAAGAGCUGUCACUGGACGGCAGUUUCUCAGAUGAAACACCAGAUGGCGCUGAUAUCAACGGGGAAUCCGAGGAACGGAGUUACUGUUUGUUAAACAGAGAAGGAAACGAGCAUCAGGACUCGUCACAUAGCUGCGAAGUGACCCCCAUCAAACAGCCCCCGGCAGUCGCCCAGAAACCCAAAGUUUCACUAAUCCUCCCGUUUAACCAAAGCAAACAUGUUAGUGUGCAUCCUCAGGAUAGUCUGUCUAUAACCCAGGCAGCAGAUGAAGUGGAUGCGCUGCCUGGGCAGAUGAAGGAGGAGCUGAUAGAGAGGACAGAGCAACAGGAUGAGGAAGAUACCAAAGAGCUGUCAGGGGGAGGGGAGACAUCCCCAGACCAGGAGGACUCCUGCUUUACAUCUGAAGAUACAAGUGUUGGUCAUCAUCUUCCAAAUGGAGAGGUGCAGGAAGAGGAAGAGGAGGAUGAAGAUGGACUGAGCAGCACCACCGGGUCCAUCAGCUCCAAGGAUGAUGAUACAGGGGAGGUUUUUGAACCCAGUACGGCUGAAGCGUCUCCGUCCCCGUCAGUAAACGGGGCGUCAGAAAAAAUCAUGGUGACCCCGACUCCUACUCCUGCUCGACCCAGAACCACAGAGGACCUCUUUGCUGUGAUACACAGGUCAAAGCGGAAGGUCCUGGGGCGUAAGGAGUCUGAGGAAGAAAAGUCCCGAACCGGCAGCCAACCCCAGUCUCCUCCAUCAACCCCCACCAGCCUGUCUCCAGGAUCACCUCUGCCCCGCCAGUCCGGCCCCAUCCAGCGCAACCUCCGCAAGACCUCCACCAGCAGCGACACCUUCAAGGCCCUCCUCCUCAAAAAGGGAAGCCGCACAGAGACCAGCUUCAGGAUGUCUGCCGCCGAGAUGCUUCGCUCCACCGACCCACGCUUUCAGCGGACGCGCUCCGAGGGCUCGAUGGACCCCGCCCUGGCUUCGCCCACCUCACCAAUGGCUCCAAACAGCCCCUCCAACUCUCCAGGCAGAGGUAAGAGGGCGACAGAAGAGUGGAGCCGCUACGACGCCUACGGCCUCUCAUCGCCCACGUCUUCGCCCUACUCCAUGGGCAUCUCAAAAUACGGACGCUCCCGCACGCCGCCGUCAGCCGCCAGCAGCAAAUACAACGCUCGCAACAGACUCCUCAGCAGCCCCAUGACUGUGAUCUGUGAGCGCGAAGGAGAGCUGGCUGAGAGCGAGUGUGGAGAAAGCGCGGAAAAUCAGUCCGAACCAGCAGUGCAGACUCUCACCGUGCUUACAGACUCUAACGGCACAUGAGGAGCUGAGCUCCUGUGGAACACAACCUGGAAGGAGUCCUGAGGAGGAGCCUUCCUGAGAGACCAGCCCCCUCAACGCUGCCUCUGAAGGGUCCGACGUGACGCCGGCGGUCACCUGACCAUUCAAACCUGUCUGAAGUGGGAAAAUGGUCCUGCUCCUCUCAUUUCAUUCUCUCCUCAAUCUUCUAGCAAUUCCCCUCAAAGUACCACAUUUGGAGGAUGAACUGAAGUGGGCUGAAGGAUCGCAGGAAGCUAAACAUUUAAGUUUGCGGCUGUGUUGUUGUUUUUUAUGAGAAAGAUCUGCUUUCUGCUCAGCUUGUAAAUCUCAGUUUCUGCUUUUUACUGACUGGUUUUAGAAAGUGACUGAUAGCAGCCGUGUUUACAAAAAGAAAACCGGAUUAAGGAUGAGGUACAUCAAACAUAAAACCCAUCGGUACACACUCUAGAAACACCAGCUUUUCAUCAGUGGUUCAUUGGGAGAACACUGGCUCAGUGCUGCCACCUAGAGACUGGAUCAUAACAUCUUCACUUUCUGUUUGUAGACUUUUGCACUGUGCAUAGAUCUGUUUUUGUUUGUGACCUUAAAAUAUGUUUUAAAGAUGAUUUUAGUCAUGAGUUGUGUUUGGGAGUUAAAUAUGAACCUGUAAAUGUUUAUUAAAAAAAUCUUAUGUUAUUUUCCAGCUCUUUUAGUUUUGUAACCAAAGAGUUGAAUAUUAAACAGAACUGGCUGUUGAUCUGAAUUCAGUCUGUGUCUUUAUGUCUUAUAACAGAUCUAUUUGGUGUUUUAAAAUGAUUUCUAUAACACUGUCCAACUAAAUCUGAUUAUUUAAUGAACUUAAGGUUUAGAGCACUUUUUUCCCCUCUGUUAAGGACUGUUAUUACUCAUAGAUGGGUGUUGUUGUGUAUAGAUCUGGGUUGAUUCAUAUGUUCAUGUCAAAUUUAAUAAUUUGUUUCUUUUUCUGACUUUUUUUAAAGCACAAAUCCAAAAAGAUGUUCAGAUGGAUGGACGAUCUGUCUCUCAUAAACAUAAACCAUUCUAUGUGAUGUCUUCCUUCCUGAUUUUUGCUUACGUGUUGCUCUCUUAUUAAAUAUGGGAAAUAUUUGACAUGUCACAGAAAUGUAGAUGACUUGUAAACACCCAGUUAGACUUCCCUAUUUAAUGGGGGAGUGAGAAAAUAAUAACAAUAAUUCAAAAUACCAAU